UGAUUUUUCAAUACUCUCUCUUGUGGAACUCAAAGUUUCUGCUUAACCACGACCCAGACCUCUUGCAUGCAAAACCAAAGCCAAGGUAAAUCGAUCAAACUAAAGUUUUAGUUCAACUAGCUGUCAAAAUUGUCAACAAAGCAAUGGAAAACAAAUUAAAGCAGGUCAGCAAACCUAACGGUAACCAAGGAUAUGAAAAACUAUGUAAAGGAAUUUAACAGUUGGUAGUACUAGAACAACAUUCACAGCACGAUGAGUGCCAAUAAAAUAUUUUUGCGUUAUUAUCCACCAGGUUUGGCAAUAAACUAUCGCCAGUCCAAUGGCUCCGAACGUCUGCGUCACUUUGAUCUCUUGGAUUUGGAUGGAAAAACAAAUUUAGAUGCUUUGGCCGACAGCAUACUUUUCCAAUCCUUGAAAGAAGCUGAAACAGACGCCGAGUUGGAUUUAAAUGGGACAAGUAGUGGUCCUUCGUCGCACAUCCCGCCAGUCCAUGCCAAUGUCAGCAGCUCACAAAACACAGUCAGCGCAUUGAAACAGGCCCUGGGAAAGCUGCAAUUGAAGCUACGCGAACCCGUCAAGAAAAAGUUCUAUCUGCACAAAUGCCACAAUUCACAUAUCCUGCCACUUACCAAUGUCUGCUUUGAUCGCACCGGAGAGCGUUGCUUGACCGGCAGCUAUGACCGCACCUGCCAUGUGAUCAACACCAAUUCGGCUGAGGUGGAACAUAUACUCACCGGCCACGACAAUGUGGUUUUCUCUGUUGGCUUUAACGCUCCACGCUGGUAAGUAACCAGAAAUACGUUGAGAAUUAUUAAAAGGGCUUGCUUUAGCGACAAGAUCGUGACAGCAUCGUUUGAUUGCACGGCCAAAGUUUGGUCCGCCAAGAGCGGACAGUGUCUCUGCACAUUGUUUGGCCACACAGCCGAGCUAGUGGCAGCGGAAUUUCAUCCACUACAUGGCCAAAACAUUGCCACAGCGGGCAUGGACAGCACCGCCAGAGUUUACGAUGUGGAAACAGCCCAGGAAUUGCAGCAGCUGGCUCAUCAUGGUGCCGAGGUGAUAGCAGCUCGUUACAAUCGAGAUGGACAAUUGCUGCUGACAGGUUCAUUCGACCACACAGCGGCCAUUUGGGAUAUGCGAAACAAAAGUCUUUGUCAUCAAUUGCGGGGCCAUAGCGCAGAACUAUCCAAUUGUGUGUGGAACUUUAGUGGCACACUAAUUGCCACCGGAUCCUUGGAUCAUACGGCUCGCAUUUGGGAUAUAAGGCGCUUAGAUCAAGAGCUACAUCUGGUCUCUAAGCACAGCGACGAAGUGUUAGAUGUAAGCUUCGAUGCGACUGGUAAGCUGAUGGCCACCUGUAGCAGCGACUGCACGGCACGCGUUUGGAAUCUAGAUCGAACAACCGAGCAGGAGCAGCUGGAGAUGCUCUCCCUGAUGGCCGGGCACAGUGAUGAGGUGUCUAAAGUUUGCUUCAGUCCAAGUGGAUCUAUGCUGUUAACUGCCUCUGCUGAUAAUACGGCUCGUUUGUGGCUAACCGAAUCGGGACAUUGCUCUCAGGUGCUGGCCGGGCACGAGGCGGAGGUUUUUAGCUGUGCAUAUAGCUAUUCGGGUGAUGCCAUAUUGACGGCCUCAAAGGAUAAUACAUGUCGAUUCUGGAGAUGAUAUGAUUGGUAUACCGUCCAACUGAAUGAGGAAUAAAUAGCAAAUGGUUGGAGGGUUGUAA